UCACUUCCGGGUAAUUACCCUCGGGUCACAGAAAGUUUACGAACCGGUGAUUAUUUGUGUAUUGCAGACGACACAGGUAAAAUAUUUAUAGAGUAGCAUCAGCAAAACUUAUACUGUCAAGGCCAACAAAAUGGCGAACGAAAAGCAGCCAGCUAAACCCAAAAGAAAGGCAGUUACAGAGGAUACAUUGCUUGUCAGUGUUCUAAAAAGAUAUUUCAAAUAUGCAGGGGCUGCAGUAGCGAUCUGGGGAUUUGGUUACUAUCAAUUCAGCCCAGCAUGGAUUUUAUUAGGACUUGUUGUUAUUACAUGGAAAGAAAAGCAUAACAAAUUGCAACAGAAAAAGAUAGAAAUUUCACAGCAAGCUGCUAAAAAUGAGAAAGAAGCAAUUUUAGCAAGAGUAGAAGAUUUGCCAUCAUGGGUGUUUUUCCCAGACGUAGAAAGAGCAGAAUGGUUGAACAAGAUGGUAGCACAGAUGUGGCCUUAUAUUGGAGAGUAUACUCGUACCCUUCUCAUGACAUCAGUACAAAAGACUGUACAAGACAGUGCCAGUGUGAUGGGAUCUUUCAAAUUUGUCAAUAUUGAUCUCGGAGAUAUUCCUCCAAGAAUUGGUGGUGUUAAGGUAUACACAGAAAAGGUGAAGAGAGAUGAGAUUUACAUGGAUCUUGAUAUUAUAUACAGUAGUGAUUGUGAGAUCACAGUGUGUGUGAAGGGGGUGAAUGCUGGUAUAAAAGAUUUACAGCUUCACGGAACUGUGCGUGUGAUAUUUAAGCCACUAAUCAACCAAGUUCCUUUCUUUGGUGGCCUCAGUGUCUUCUUUAUGAAUAAUCCUUCCAUUGACUUCAAUUUGACUAGCUUAGCAAAUGCUUUAGAUCUUCCUGGGUUGAAUGAUAUGUUACAGACAUAUAUACAGGAGAUUAUAGGUAACAUUAUGGUGUUACCUAACAGAAUAGUGGUACAGACUGCACAGGGUCUUACUGUCAGCAAACUGAGAUAUCCUCAACCAGAUGGUAUUUUGAGGAUUUAUGUUGAAGAAGCUAAAGAUCUUGUGAAAGCUGACCUAAGUGUUCUGGGCAAAGGAAAAUCUGAUCCUUACUCAGUUGUUAGAGUUGGUGCGAUGAAGUUUAAGACACAUGUGAUUAAUAAUACAGUUGCUCCACAAUGGAAUCGUGUGUUUGAGACCAUUAUUGAUGAGAAAGACGGUCAGUUUAUGGAUGUAGAAGUGAGAGAUGAGGAUCCAGGCAGUAAAGAUGAUAAACUAGGAAAUGUUUCUAUUGAGCUGUCUCCAGUAGCAGCAAAAGGACUUGUUGAUAAUUGGUUACCAUUAGAGAAUGUGAAAACAGGAAAGCUCCAUCUUAAACUUGUAUGGCUGUACCUGUCCAAAAACCCUCAAAUGUUAAAUAAGCAAAUCGUGUCAAACAAGCAGGUUGGCAAAACCAAAGAUAGUGAUGAUCUGUCCUCGUGUAUUCUGAUGGUGAACGUGGACUCUGCUCGUGAACUUCCGUUGCUGUCUCAGGGCUCUUUUAUGAGGACAAAGAAGAUGGCUGAACCGUCGCCCUAUGUCUUCUGGGUGUUGACAACUGAGCAAAGUGUAGAGGAAGAAACCGAGAAUCUCAUGACAGAACCUAUUCCUGACGCCAAGGAAACCGAUCUUGAUGAAGCUGCUUCCAAGGACAAACCUGCGCCCAGCUCUCCUGGUUCUCCGACGGAUAGCGCCCCUAUCAAACCAGUGUCUGCAGAGACUGUGAAGAAAGCACCCCCUCCUCAGGCCGUCCAGCAAAUACCGAAGGCGAAGUCGCCAAGCCAGGAAAGGGAAACCGAUGUUAGACAGAGGAAAACACCAUCGGUAUCAAGUGCUGAUAGCAACCUGGGAUCAUACAGACUUGGUAGGAUACAACUUACUCUCAGAUACAGUAUGCAGAGAGGAAAACUCAUGGUCUGUGUCCAUAAAUGCACAUGCCUGGAAGCAUUAGACAAGGACAAUUUCUCCGACCCGUACGUGAAGAUGUACCUUCUACCAGAUAGAGGCAGCAGCAGUAAGAGGAAAACUAAAGUGAUUAACAAUAAUCUUAAUCCUGUCUUUGAUGAAACAUUUGAAUACGGUGUGACACCUCAAGAGCUGGUCACCCGCAGUCUGGAAGUCACUGUUAAGAAUGAUACAUCAAUGUUUUCAUCCAGUAAGAAAGAAAUGGGCAUGGUUCUGAUAGAUCUGUCCAAGUUUGACAUUCAGAAAGCAUCAACUGAUUGGUAUGACCUUGCCCCUGAAGAACAACUACAGAAGAAAGAGAUUGAAACCGAUAUUUAGAAUGGACAGAUUUAAAGCCCCAAUGACAGAAAAAAGAAACCUAUUUGGAAGGUCAAAGACCAGCCAAAGGGACGUUCUGAAUACCUGAACUUCAAAAAAAAAAUCUUAAACUUUUAAAAAAAUGUGUAUAAAGUUGUUGUAGUCAUUUAGAAUAAUCUACAGUAAAUUGAAAGGAUUUCUCAUAUCAGCUAUGCUUAAAUUAAGUUGCCAGCUUUUCUCUGGUCACAGACUGCACUCACCUAUGUCUUUACUGUUGAUAUAGGCAACACAUAUCAAUGCUAGUAUCGGAAUUUGUGACAACUUCAAAGUUUUUAAUGCUUCUGAGGGAUCACUUUUUUACCAGAUAUUUAAGUUUUAGUAACUAACUGUAAAGAGUCUUUUGAUACUGCAUAGAUGUGUUGGCCAAAAAACCUGUUACUAUAAGCAAGUCAACAUGAAUGUAGUGUAAGUAAGUCAUUAUUAAUGCUUGAUAAUUAAAUUGUAUGUUUUGUCUUCCCACAAGAGUUGCGGUCUAUUCUAAUGUUUAGAUUUCCAGAGGCACUGGUCUUCAGAUUAUAAAAAUUUUAUCAAAUGAGCCGUGUCACGACAAAACCAAUAAAGUGCAUUUGGGACCAACAUAGAUCAAGACCUGCCUGCGCUUCCGCGCAGUCUGAUCAGGAUCCAUGCUGUUCGCUUACCAACUCUAUUACAAGUACAGAAACUGAUAGCGACCAGCAUGGAUCCUGAUCAGACUGCACGGAUGCGCAAGGUGGUCUGGAUCUAAGCUGGUCGCAAAUGCACUAUGUUGAUUUUGUCGUGACGUGGCUCAAAUGUUAUUUAGGUAAAGUAAUACUCCUACAUGUAUAUCUUAUAUUUUUUAUUACUUCAUACAGCUGCAAUAAACAUCUAUGUUUUUGUCAUGUCAUGUUGAUUCUUUAUGUAAUUUGGCUUGUUGUUUUUCUCAUUUCUAUAUUCUGUAUACAUGUAUAUAAAAUAUAUAAAUCAAAUUAUUUUUCAAGAAAAUUUAGCAAGGGUGUUCUUUUCUUUAAUAUUUAUAAAGCGCCAUAUCAUGUUGUUUGGAAAUAAAUCAAGUUUUAAUAGCUAUGACAAAAAAUUAAAAAUUGACUUUUGUACUUAGAAAUGAGAGCAAAGAGUUUUUGAUCCAUAUCAAAAAAUAAACCAUGCUAUCACAUUGUUUAUAAAUUUAUAUUGUAAAAUAAAGUUUACCAUAGGGAUAUUUAUGAAAAUGAUUUAAAUGAUUGUUUGUUGAUCUGAGAAUAAUGUAUCAUAUUUACUCUUUUAGUGAUAAAAAUACAUUAACUGUAUUUAUUUUUGGUGAUGAUUUGUUUAGAAAUGAUAAAAAAAUUUGUAUAUGUAUUAUGCUCAAAGUUUUUUUAUGAUAAAUUAUGUUAGUUCGACACUAUACUUCUCUAAGGGUUAAAUAAGUGUCAUCAAUGUAUAGUAAUUAAAUUUUUUCAAUAUGUCAAUUAGUUUUUACUAAUCUGAUCAAUUUAUUGCUAUCGAAGGAUACACAGAUUAGGGAUUGGGAAUAAUAAAAGUUAUAAGUGAUGUUAAUCUGUGAUUCCAUCUUUACCCAUAAAAUUGGUUUACCUUCAUUUUACAUACAAGAAAAACAAUAAAAGUGGAACAAACAGUCAACACGGGAUAAGUUUUAAGGUUUAUUUAAUGAUGAUAAAACCCAAAAGAAGUUUUAAGUUCUCUUUUCUAUUGGUUUUGUAAAUGCAAUGUUAAGGAAUGUUUGCAAAACUGUUGGUAAUCUGUGCCUUUAGUAACUAUAUGUAAGUACACAAUUAUGAUGAUUUUUUGACAAUUUUAUAUGUUAAGAAUAAGUUUACCUAUGAAAGUAGAUUUAUGCAAAAUAUGUUUAAAUUGAAUAUUCUAACUGUUAAUUUUUUUUUAUAAAAGCUUGAUGUGGAUAAAGAUAUGUCAAGAUAUUUCUUGCCUCUUUUUUCUGUAUUUUUGUAGCUCAUGUACAGUAAUUUGUACCGGUAUAUCGUCACCUUGAUGCAGUAAUGAAUUAACUCUUGUUGAAUUAUUUUCACUCAGGUGACAAUAUAUAGGUAUAUACAUGUAUAUAUAAAAUUAUGUAUAGAACUUUAUAUAUAGGUGUUGUAAGGUAGAUCAAGGCAUAUCAUUGUAAUACAAAAAGUAAAAAUAAGAAAUAUUGACAUAUCCAUUGUGCUUGUACUGCAAAAAGUAAGCAUAACUUGAUUUUCAUAAGUUUUACUUUCAUUUUUUUCAAAUUAACAUGCUAAAAUAGACAUGAUCUAUUUGAAUUGGAAAGGCAAGAUGAACUCGGAAUGCUUGAAGUUGUUGCUGUUUUGUUUUUGCAUAUGUCUCUUGGACGUAAAACUCAACGAAAGAAGAACCAACAAAAUAUAUUCAGAUAUUUUCUCAGAGUGUCAUAGAAACCUGUGAUGUGAUUGAAUAUUUUUAAGAAUAAGUACAUUUAUAUGAUCAUAAUACUGACAUGAUUGAAUAUUCUUGCUAAUAAGAUAUAUAUUUUUAAUAAAAAAAUAUGAUUGAAUAUAUAUAGAUUGAUGAAAGCAUGAUUGAAUAUUUACAAGAAAGUGAUAAUUAUACAUGUUAUACAUACAUAUAGACUUGUUGGAAGAUAAUUGCAGAUAAAUACAUGUAGAUAAUUCAUAUAAACUAAGGAAUGCUGAAAUAUUCAUACAAAUGUGAUGAUAUAUAUAUACAUAUUACACUUGUAUAACACAGGUGUGAUUGAAUAUUCUUACAGAAAAUUGAUAAUUAUUCAUGUAUGAAUAUAUUUAAUGAUA